AUGGCAGACAAAGUACAGAAGGUACUAGAAGAUAUGGUCCCUGAGCUUCUAGACUUAGGUAAGAGAGAAGUCUUUUCUGGUACUGAAAUUCGUAAUAUUAUAGAGAGACGACGGGACUUUGAAUAUAAGUUAGCAUCUAGAACUCCUUUAUUAGGUGACUUUUUAGAGUAUCUAGAGUAUGAAUAUGAGUUAGAGAGAAUAAGAUUUGCAAGGACUAGAAAAUUAGGUCUGAAAAAACGGACAAUUGGAGAUUACUCUAUUAUUCGUAUAAUCCAUUUUAUUUUUAAAAGGGCCUUAAGAAGAUAUCCAAAUGAUGAGAAACUGUGGUUACAGUACAUCGAUUUUUGUCUAAAAUCUGGAUCUUCAAGAAUUUUACAAAGGAAUAUGAUCACUGCUUUACGCAAUUUACCAACUAGUGCUACAAUUUGGAUAAUAAUGGCUGAUAGAGAAUUUCAAAGUGGGAAUGCAAAGUCUGCUCGUUCUAUUUUGAUGCUAGGUCUAAGGAUAAAUAAGUAUUCUUUCUUAAUGUGGCGUGGAUUAGCUCAGCUAGAGGCCAAUAUAAUAUAUAAAUUGUACUUAAAUGAGUAUACAAAAUCAGAACUUGCUUUAAGUGCAAAGUACUCUAAAAAAGCUACAGCUGCUUCAUUAGAACCAAUUUUAAAAUAUGCUUUAACUAGAAUAGAGCCAGAGGGGCAUAAACAUGCAUUUUUAGUAUAUAUGUAUCGUAUAUUGUAUAAUUUAUAUUUGGUAAGGAAAAGUGGUACUAAUAGCGAUACUUGUAACAAGAAAACACCUGAAAUUCAUUAUUUAUCAAAUUUUGAGACAACAUUAACAACGAAUAUAUAUAAUAAUAUAAGUUCUCAGCCAAUAUUUGUAGUAUUCUUUGGAAUAAUAAAGAUGAUAAAUUUGAAUAAAGAAUCAGAUAAAGAUUUUAUUCAGGAUCCUAAUGAGAUUAUUACUUAUAUUGAAUGUAUGAUGAAUGAGUCUUUAAAUUUAUUACUUAAAAAGGAAACUGAAGGAGCUGGUAUUUUUUCAAUGUUAUUAAUUUGCAGAUUCUUAUAUCAAUGUGGCCUGAAUAAUAUGGAGGAACUUGAUGGGUGGAAUAGUGACGAAAAAAAUAAUUUUGGUAAAUUAAGAAAUGUGGUAGAUUUUGGUUUUUCAUUUUCAGAUCAAAGUGAUUCUUUAGAGUACUCCGCGAAUAUGGAUUCUAAAAAUAAUAGCUCUACCAUAUUUAAAGGAAAUCUUCUUAAAUGGUUGUCUUUUUCUUCCUCAAAGGGUAUUAUUGAUUCUUACAAUAUUUGGCCAAAGUCAAUGUUAGAUCUCCUCACUGUAGAACCAUUUAUUUGGAAUUGUUGCAUAUUAUCUAACCCAGGCACUGAUAAAAAUGAGUUUGAUAGAUUAAAGAACUCAUCUAAAAUAUUGGAAAUAAAUAAUAUUAAAAAAGAAUCUUUGUUUCCUCAAGAACUUCUUCUAAAUUUCAAAUCAUUUAUCCAAAAUAAUGUCUUAUCAGAUGAGAAUAAUGUAAAUAGGAUCUAUUCAAAGUUAUCUGAUAUAUAUAAACAUGUAAUGAGUACAAAAGUUCAACAGAAUUUAUCUAUACCUCGUGUAAUGCUAAUUGAAGCUCUCUUAUACUGCAAGUCUGCAUCUCCAUCAAAUAUACUAGUUUCUACAAACGAAUUUGAUAGAUAUGAAUCACUAUGUGAGCCUUCUGAAUAUAUUUUAAAGUGGAAGUGCCUUGUCUAUAAACUGAUGAAGGAUUUAGAUAGUGUUCAUAUUACUGAAUUUAUUAAUCUAAUUAAAGAAAUUCAUACAACUAUAGCUAAUCAUGAUAUACAAGCUAAAGAUAGCAGAGUAAUUGACUUAAAUAGCUUUUUAGAAUUAAUAUUUUUACUCUUUAGUGGGAUUUCAAACAAGUUGAAUAGAAAAUCAGAUAUUCAGUUAAUUGAGGAACUUUCUAAGCUUAAAUAUGACUUUGUUUGUAAUGCAUUAAUCAAGUUUCCAGUUAUUAUUAAUCCCCCAUAUAUUCCAUAUUUCAUAUUUAAUGUACUUAUAUUUUGGUCUAUAGAUGAUAUUCAAUAUUCACCAAAUUUUAUUAGUGAAUUUGUUGAUACCAACCAAUUUGUAAAAUCUGAGAUAAAUUUCAUUACAAAAGAUAUUCCAAUACUCUCUUUUAUAAUAGAACAUAAGGAACCUGGAAGAAUCUCUAGAUUAUCACAUUAUAAGCAACGAAAGAUUAUAUAUACUGAAAAAGUUACAAGGUUAGCAAAUAUAAUCAAAUUACCCACUAGAAUUCGUCAAGUUAUAUUAUUGUCUUCAUAUUUAUCUAUUCUAUCAUGUGCAAUGAUUGAAUUUUCGUGUAAUCUUCGUUCCAUACUAAAGCAUGGACCACGUGCAUUAAAUGAUGCAGAUAUUUAUGAGACUACUCUAAAUAUAUUUAGUUAUUGGAAAAGUAUAAUCGAAGAACUCCAAAAUAUCAAAGCUGAUAUUACAGAUAUACUUCAAUAUAGCUAUCUUAAGUAUAUUCUAUUUACAAGAGUUGUGGAAGAUAUUGUGAAUAGGAGAUUGAUAAAUGUAUCGAAUAUAUUUCCUGUAUCCUCAACUGCUUUACUAUUACAAAUGAAAAAUAGUCAAAUACCAUUAUUUAAGGGUGGGAACUAUGAUUCAGACAUCCAAAUCUUGUCUCGUAUGCCAUUAGAUGACAUAAGAAUAAAAAUGAUUCUUGAUGGGAAUUCUCAUACAAAAAUGGAUCCUUAUUUAUCCAAUGUAAUUACAAUAUUAGAUCCAAUACCAUACAUUAGUAAAUGGACUUGCUUUGCUUGCUUACUUUUAUCGUAG